AUAGAGAGAGAGAGAGAGAGACCUGGAUCUCCGUCUGCCUACACAAUCUCCCAUUACAGCUCUUCGCUCAGUAAUGUGACAACAGCUGUGAACUGAAGCUCCAUCUCACACUCUGUAUUCUUUGCUAACUGGCUCAGGAAUUGACAUUCACAGCUUGCUGCCGGGCAUCAUGGAGGAAGCUGAUCUAUUAAAGGAGCGGCUACAAAUCAUUACAGAAAAAAGAAGAAUCCAAGAGGACAUUGCCAAGAAAAGAAGAGAGAUAGAAGAGGAGAAACUGAAAUUGCAGUACAUCAAGAAGAAAGCUGUACGGGAGCAGUGGCUGAUGGAUGGCCUUACUCAGCAGUCCGAACAGGAACAGGAAGCCAUGAGGUUACAGGCUCAGGAUGAACAGCGACAGAGUGACAUGCUGCAGAGUAACAUUAUCAGAAAAGAGGAGGAGAUUCAGUUUCUGGAGGCUCAGGAGAUCAGCAUUUGUGUCACUGAAGAAAACAUUCUGAAGCUGUUAAAAGAGGUGGAGAGAACGCCAGAUGACAUAAUCAAGAAAUCUAUCCUGUCGGAUAAAGAAGAACCAGAUGGAAAAGAAGUAAACCAAGGUUGCAGCGAAACAAAAUAUCACCACAUUGUCAGUGUCACCAUGGAAACCCCUGAGCAAUCACCAGUGCCGGCGGACAGUGAGAUAAUGGUUUCUCUUGAGCAGGGAAAAAGCUUCAGUGCAGAUGAUGAACAAGUAUUUGUAGAGACAAGCUCGCCCAAAAACACAGAAGAAGAAAGGACAAUGCUUGACUCUUACGCAGAUGAUCUGCAAACAGGAGCAGAAGAGAUUGAUAACCCUGACUUUCGUGACACUAGUGUUUCUAUUGAGUUGCCUUGUCAGGAUCAGGAGAAGGUUUUUGCAUUAGAUUCCGCAGAUCAAGAGUACAGCAGAACUGGCUCAGUAACUUCUUCUGUUUCUAACACACAGUUCAGUGCAGAAAGUGUCUUUGAGAAUGAAGUUGAUUGUGAAACACAAGACACACACAAACAAGACCUAGAAGUGCAGAGCCCUAAAAUACAUCAUUAUCUCGAACAAAACCCAGAAUCUAUACCAGAACAAAACCCCAAUGUUGAAAAUAACCUUAAAAUAGAGGAUCACAGUCAGCCGGAGCCACAGGAGUACCCUGAGGUAGGAUUUUAUCUUCAGCAAGAGCAACAUUCUGAAGUUGAAUUGUAUCUUGAGCCAGAUGAAGUGCCCAACUUAGACCUAUACCCGAAGACACAGCAAGACAUGGAUGUAGAUUUUUCUGUUGAUCCAGCGCAACAAUCCUACCUCGAAAUGUAUUCUAAUGAUGAUCUUGGUCCUAAAGAUAAUGAAUAUGAAAUUGUACCAACUGCUGACACCGAAGAAACCCCAGACAAUCAGGAAAUACAGCAUGAGUUGUCUAUUUCACAAGGGUCACCUUUAAAACAUUGUACUCAAGAAGCAAAGUCAGAUGAAUAUUUCAGUGAAUCGUUUCCAGACCUUGACCUGGAGGAAAUGGAUGAAUUUGUGAGAGCUGAAAUCGCAGCUGCUUCUCCAGAUAGUGAGACUGAUGAAAAGUGGAGAACUAUAUUCUCCUCUUCUAUUAAUAAAGAAGAUGAUGAUUCAUAUUUGGAUAGUCUUGAGUUGAGUGCUCAGGAACUCUUCGUACCGAAAUUAGAGGAUACAGAGUUUGAAGAACCAGACAACAACGUAAAAGAAGUGUCUUUUGAGGUUCCACAAGUAGAAGUUCUUGAACAACCUGAUGAAAUUAUUUCCUUCACCGGCCUUGCACAAGAACUCAAAUACAACCUUUUAGGUUUCCAGGGUUUGUCCAAAAUCUCUGAAGAUGAAAGCGAAAAUGCUAAAGAUAUCAAUCAUCACCAUAUCACCCACCAGGAGCAUAGCAGUGUAGAUCAAAACAAAAAAAUGCCUAAAGACUUCUGUGUGAUACAGGAGACCAAGAGCGAGAAUGUUAGCACAGAGCAUGUUGACUUCCAGCUUGCUCAGAAACAGUGGCGGGAAAUGGAGAAGCAAACCAAGAACAGGAUCAUGUUGCCUACAAUCAAGCAGCCCAGCUUUCAUGGCAGCCACAGUUUUAUGUACAAACCAGUCCGCAAAAUUGAAAGAGAUUACAAGAAAGCACUUGAUAUGGAGAGUUUGAAUCUGGUUGGGGAUUAUAUUCACACUCAAACCAGCCCCUGCUCAGAGGAUUCUGGGGUAGAUGAUUCUAGUUACAGGUCUCCCUGUGAUGAGCCGGAAACCUCACUUAAAGGAGAGUUUUGUCAAUCACUUAAUAGGAAUGACAAUUUCAGGAGAGAGGAGUUGCUGUCUAGGAUGGGAAAAUCAACUGAUUGCAAUCCAUCACGAAGUAUGCCCAGAUCCAUGAGCACUCCUCUGACACCUCCAUUUAUUAUCACGUCUUCGCCUACUAAGGAAUCAUUACAUCAUGAAGUGUCAGCAAACAAUGUUGUUAUACUUGAUCCCAGCAGCAACAGACUUAGCAAAGACAGCACUGCAGCUCAGUCAGGAGAGUGGCACUCCGAAGGCCACAGUUCUAACCUCAUCAUCCUAGAGACAUCAAAUCUAAUUAUUCGCAGUGCCUCUGAUUUCUCCCUUAACAAAGCACAAGAACCACAGCAGGAGAAAAUGUUCCUAAAUAACCCCUUUUUCAAGCUGCGGUCAAGAAGCACAAUAUCACUUGUAGACGAAGAGAUAAAAAUGGUAAAUCAGAGGGAGGAAGAGUUGAAAAAAGAGAGAGCCAACCUGUACGGUCAAGACGUGUGGAAUGCUGAAAGAACUUUGUCCAAUCAAAUGGACACCUUGGCAUUUAAGACUCCAGCCAUUCCGCCUGAGAAGUGCAAGUCCUCUCCAUCAUCACCAAUGAAAGUGGCCCGCAGGAUGAAUCGCUCUGCUUUGUCAUGUGACCAGAGAUUUCCAGAAGAAUUUACAAGGGUGAGACGCAAGAGUGCCAUGGCUCUGCGGUGGGAGGCGGGCGAGUUUGCCAAAAAUGACUGAGAAGAAACAAGUGUACGGGUUCGCCAUAAAAAUGUCAGUAUUGUUCUUCAAGAUACACAAAACAGUGCAAUUAUUUGUUCUGUGUUGUUAAAACAAUUGAAACUGUUUCUGUGGUAAUUAUAAAUAAACAUAUGUCUGUGGCCUAUUUUGUGAAGGCUAACUAUAUGAUUAGUUUGAUUGGUCGAGAGAUUGUAUAGCUUUUAGAUACACAUUCAGUUCAGAUAUUGUACGUCUUCAUCAAAUCUAUAUUACAGCAAUGUAAAUUACUGGAAGGCUGCUGGUUUUAGUUGUGACCAUAUUGUAGUAUUUUCUAUCGUGUUGGUCAAUUAGGACCAGGUUUUAAAGUACAGUAUAUAGUUUGCCAACAGAACUUAACACCUGUACCAAAAGCGAUAAACAAGAGGAACUAGUGAUGUAAAUGAGGAUUACAACCUGUUGUUUGUCAACAGAAGGUUAACAAAUUAUGGAUCAUUCAGCAGUACUCUACAAGUGCAUGUGGAUCAUGAUUUGGGGCUAAUUUCUUAUGCCUUAGAGCCACAAACUAAACAGUUGUGGCCCCUCCUCUACCUGAUGACUGAUGGUUUAGCUCCAAGUUCCCCUUGGACUUUGAUUAUGAUUAAGCAGUAGAGAAUAGACUAGAUGGCUGAAUGGGUGGAUGAAUGGAUAGAUGGAUGAAUGACCACUAAAGUGACCAUGCAGUAAAUUUUAUUGUUAAUGUAUUGCAGUAUUGUAUUGUUUGCUCAUUGUUGUACUUGUGAUAUAGGAUGUAAAAGUGUUCUGUGUCUAAGGACAUAACAGGAUUUGAAAAAAAGAAAAGCUAAUGUUAGCUAUGUUUGCCCCAACCUAUAUCAUAUGGUAAAUGCUCUGGAAUUAAAAAAAAAAAAUUCUGAUUUUGGGGCCCCCCUCCUCUAAGUUACAAUUUAAUACCUUCCACUACUGUAAAAUAACCAUAUAUAAAUCAGUGCUGAGAAAUAAUCAAUACAACGGUUCAAAUAAUAAAAUUGACUCUUUUUAUUUAAUUUUUCAGUUGCUGUAGGAGCUUUACUCCUUUAACAUUUUAAUGCCAAAUAAUAUAUUCAUCACAUAGUGAAGAUAUGAACCUACUUUGACUUUUCAGCAAACUUAUUAUAUAUCCAAAACGAAGAACAACACUUGACAGAAAUUUGAGUGUUGAUUAUUUGAGCUUUAGAGCGACUCAGGACCACAUUGCACUGUAUGACAAAUGCAUGUGUCAAAACCCUUGAACCUUAAGCUAAAAAUAAGAGUUUUUGUCAAAAGUGUUGCCAAACUGUACAACACCAGUGUAAUACAUACAGUAUUUGUUUUCUAAAUUAUAUUUUGGGUGGCUGGUAACAAAAACAAAAAUUACGAUAUUGUGUUGAUGAGGAUGAUGACGAUGGUUAUUGUAGAACAGGGGUCAGGAAACUUUCUAGUUAGGGUAUAAUAAGUCUCUUAAAUUUUGUUUUUUUUUAAAUAACGUUGUUGUACUGAAGCAUCUAAUAUAUAAAAUACUUCUUACCAAUAUUGCAACUUCUGGUGCUGCAUGGUUUUGAUGCGACUGGCUCCAGCGCGAAAAAGAAAACCCCAUUAAAUGCAACACCCCUGUGGAUUAGAGUCGUGCAGCACUUUUUAUGCCAGAAAUAAAACGAUGACAUAGCUGAAAAUCAAGCUGAUGAUUUUACCGCAAUUAUUUAACACACAACGCAAAGAGAGUACGCUGCUGCCACAAAUGCAUGAGAAUGUUUUUUAGAAGUUAUUUUAACAACAGUGGUUCUCAAUUCUUUUCUGUCACACCCCCCUUGGGGACAGACAUGUUUCCAUUUCCCCUCCAACCCACACCCCCACAAAUUGAAAUACUAUUAAGAACCUGGUAACAUGUAUAUUUUUAUCUGUACAAACAACUGUAUGAGUUGCUGCCACCUAGUGACUGAAGGCUUGUUAUCAUUCAAGCAUUACAGCAGGUGUACACUUAUGCCCAGUGCGCCAUAUUCCAUUGGAAGCCCCUCACGCCCGGGGGGGCCCACCCACUUUUUGAGAAGUACUGUUUAAACACUAUGAUUUUUGUAAUGUUUUACUUCAAUAUCAGCAAAAUUAUUUAUUGCUUAUUGUGCUAAGGAAUAGCUAAGAUUUAUCUGAGAGCCAGAUGCAGUCAUCAAAAGAGCCACAUCUGGCUCGCAAGCCAUAGUUUCCCGACCCCUGUUAUAGAAUAAUAAAAUUGAUACCAACUACAGAAACAACAAUUAUUCUUUGCUAUGCUGCAUUUGUCCACAUCGACUCUCUGUAAUGCUAAGAAAAAUUUACAUUUAAAUGAAAAGAAGGAAAACAGCUGUUACUGUUUGACUGCCAGAGUAAUUUAGUCCCAUCCUGUGUUUAAGUGUCACAAGCCACACUUGUCAUUGUGAUUUGAUAUUAGUAGUGUAGGUAUAAUACUAGAAAAAAACUGUGGCAAAUGUGUUACUGUAAGUAUUCGAAAUAAGGUCCCAAACAAGUGUUUGCCCCCCCCCCCCCCCCCUCCCCCCCCCCCCCCCCCCCGGAUACAAAUUAAUUUCCCCUCGACCCACAACCCCUGUGGAUUGAAAUACUAUUGAGAACCUAAUAACUUGUAUAUUUUUAUCUGUACAAACCACUGUAUGAGUUGCCACCUAGUGACUGGAGGCUUGUUAUCAUUCAAGCAUUACAGCAGGUGUACACGUAUGUCCAGCAUGCCAUAUUCCACUGGAAGCCCCUCACAGCCCCCUCUCCGGCACCUGCGCCCCCUCUAGGGGGCUCCACCCCACUAUUAAAAAAGUUUAGAAUAUAUAAUAAAGAGGCAUUUACUGACCUGCGUUUAAUACACAGUGGAAACAUCUCCUUUCUCACUAAACAUAAUACCAUGUUCACCCUAAAGCAGGGAUGUCAAUCUCAUUUUCACUGGGGGGGCAGGGGAGAGGCACACUAGCAAUACAGUUCCCCUUGAAGGGCCGGAUGUAAAUGUAAGACUGUACAGAUGUAACUGCUCCAUGUAUUAAUAAAUGUUUCUGCAAUUGAUUAUUAUUUAUUCAAGAUACAAAUAUUGUUCAUUGCUGUGUAAAAAACAACCAAACAAAAAAAAAACGGGGUAAGAACUCUCCUGCAUGGACUUUAUUAAAUGUUUUUUAAGCUCCUGUGGGUCAUACAAAAUGAUUUGUUGGGUACAAACAAAAUAAAAACAUGUAUUCAAUAUAUCAAACUACUUUGAACAUUGGGUUAUGUUGACAACGUGCACUCCUGCCCUGAUAACUAACUAACCCUGUAACAGCAUUCUUAUCCAAAAAAAACUUUUUUAUGUUUUAUUCUAUAAUGAAAGUUAAUGGUUUUUCAUGAUCUAUUACUGACGAUGAUUAUGUAAAUAGCUCCCACCAGGAAGGUUUAAUCUCAAUUGCAUUUUGAUGACAAAACCCUGCUUAUUGUCUAUCAUAUUGUGGUGUUUGUAAUUAUUUAUUGGUGCAAAAAUAAAAUUGCUUUCAAACAGUU